AUGAAUAGAUCGCAGGAUACCGUCAUCGAUGAGGAUGAGGAGACCUGCCCAUUAUGUAUCGAAGAGUUCGAUCUUUCGGACAAGAACUUCAGACCUUGCCCUUGUGGCUACCAGAUCUGCCAGUUUUGUUUCAACAGUCUCAAGAACACCUACGAGAAGAGUACCUGCCCCAACUGUCGAAGACCAUACGAUGAAAAGACCAUUCAAUACAAGAUCCCGACUGCGGAAGAGUUCAAGCUCGACCAGAUGAACAAGAACAAGAAGGCUGCCGCGAAACGAAAGGAGACAGAAAAGCGCGAGGUCGAGAAUUCUUCCCGCCGAAAUCUAGCUGGCGUCCGCGUCAAACAGCAGAACCUCGUCUAUGUCAUCGGUCUAAUACCUCAGAUCAAGGAUGAACAGGCAUUACUCCAAACACUUCGUGGUCCAGAGUACUUUGGUCAAUAUGGCGAAAUCGAGAAGAUCGUCGUCAGUAAGGCCAAACCGGGAGCGGCGAACCAAGGAAUCGGCGUCUAUGUUACAUAUGCACGCAAAGAAGAUGCUGCGCUGUGCAUCAAUACUGUCGAUGGCUCGUUGAAUGGCGACCGUGUCUUGCGGGCCCAGUACGGCACCACCAAGUACUGCUCAGCCUUCCUUCGGGGUGAGACUUGCACCAACAAGAACUGCAGUUUCCUGCAUGAGACUGGUGAAGACGGACAACAUAGCUCUCUCCAGAACGAACCUCAUGGUGCAAGGCUCUCAAACAAGCCAACGGCUGCUUCGCAAUCAUCGCAGACCUCGGCGCCUGCACGGCCCUUAUCUGCAGCACAGAACCAUGCGACUACUAAUCCAAUGGCUCGGCAAGGCAGUAAAGAAGAACAUGGCAGCAGGAAGAACAGUCACGAUGGGUCUGCGUUGCCUUCAACCGCACACUGGGCAACCGCGAAUGCCAGUGUUGCACGAACCAGACGUGCUAGUCAAGCUAACAGUCGGGCAACUCCCAGUCCCCAAAUGGCACAAGCAUCGUUGGUCACGAGCAAAACUUCUGAGCCGAAGGGAAAAGAGCCGGCAUCUCAACCAUCAUCUGCAUCCGCGACAGCUUCUUCUUCUGCCGCGGCUUCGACGGCACCCAAGAAGACCACCUCCGAACCCGCCCAGUCAUCGUCCUCUAAGCUCCCUUCCACACCGGCUGACUAUGCGCAACAGCAGUUUGAUGCGGUCGUGGCCAGAAUAUUGCCUAAUGCCGGGUUUGUCUACGAUGAUUCGUUCCAGCCACCCGAAUUUCGUGAGUUGGUCAGGUCCAUGCCAUCUUUUAUCGACCCGUAUGGCGGCUUGAAACGCCUGGCAAUGCGUGAGAGAGAAGAGAAACGACGUGCCCAGUUAGAGGCCGAGACGAAAGCCAAACUCGAAGCACAAGCAACCUCUGCGGCCGAAGAGACGCUCGACGAGGACAGCAUGAAUGCAGGCAGCCUGGCCUUGGGUGGUGAACCCGAGGACGAUCCGAGGAGUUCUUCCGCUCGUGGAGCCAUCGGUCGACCGUCUCAAUCUAUUGCGGACCAGUUGUUGGCGAUGAAUCUGAAUUCUCGGAACCUGACUGCCCAACAACGACAACAGCUGGCGUUUCUCAAUCUAGACAACGUUCAGCAAGCUCCCGGUCUGGGUCAGCCGUCGGGGCAGAACACUGCUUUUGAGAUGUCAGACUUUGACCGGCGGGGACCGCAGUACAGCCAGGCACAAUACGACCAGAUUAGUAGUCAUCAACGCCACGGGUCACGAUACUUCAACACAGACUCCAAGUCCACCAGUGCCAACCGCUUUCAAGGCCAACAACAGACUUUCUACUCCAGCGGCGUACAAGGUCCUCCUCCAGGCUUGCCUACGGCUGGAACUCCUCCGGUCAGUGGCGGUGGCAUGUUUGCGCACGGCCAGAACUUUACCAACCCCGGCUUCGGAACGUCUAAGGAUGCGAACACAGAGGUGUACGCGAGAAAUCGAAGUGGGACGAAUCAGGGUCCUGAGGUGUCUAAGCGUGAGUUACUCCUUUCCUUGCAAAACAGCCCCCUGCGUUCACCCCCUCUGUCUGCCCCUGCCUCUGGCGUCCUGAGUUCGCUCUACCCCCAGUAUCAAGGGGCGUACCAGGACCGUGGACUUGUCAAGCAAAAGAAGAAGGGGAAGAAGCAAAGACAUGCUAACACUCCCUCUUCAGGAGGUGGUGUCGAGCAUCUUGCGGACCCGAGCAUCGUAACCGCGAGAGUGCACCAGGGCAACACGGCCGGGCAGGGGCUCUUUGGGGGUAACCAAGUGGACGACAAGAACUUUCCGCCAUUACCUCUCCGGUCGAGCUCGCGGACUCCGCCGUUACAUUCACGCGUUUCCUCGUUUCACAGUCUUCACAGUUCAGGAAUUCGGUCCACGACCCCUAGAAUCCCACCUGGGUUUGAACUGACUCACGCUCAUCCGCUACCGCCUUCACGACAAGCAACGCCCGCCCACGCGAAUCAAAUAGGAGCGCGCGCUACUCCCAGUGGUUCCGUGACUGUGACUCCGGCGAUCCCACUGGUACCCCUCGGCCCACGCACCUCGACACCGAAGCCGAAAGCGCCUGAGACGCCGAAAGAAGGUGAUGAGGAGCAUUCACUGGCAGUUCGAAAGCACAGAAACGGAGUAAAUGAAAUCAGUUUUGGCUCACCUCAACUUCGAACAAGUUGCGUAAAAACUGAGACGGAGAACAAGAAAUCCGAGACGAGUGAAGUUGAGAGCGAAAAAGAGAAGAAGGACGAGGCGCCAGCGCCAGUGAAAACCGCCGAUCUUAAAGGAAAGCAAAAAGCGGCCGAUCCAAAGUUUGAGAAGAUAGAGUUGCCACCAACCAGUACCAUCACUUCAAAGGCUCCACUGCUGCCUGCUGUACCAGACAAACCGGCAACACCUGUUUUGGAUUCAGGCUCUGUCGGCACGCCUGGCGCCUUGAGUUCUCGCCCUGCAACUCCAGCUUCUGUCACGACCCCCUCCGAAACACCAAAAGUUUCCACCGCGCGACCGAGAACCUUACGACUGACCACUGGUACAACUACAAAGCCAGCCGAACCAACUCCCGCCUCUGCAGCUCCCGAGAAAACCAUUGCUGCAUUCCCUCCUCUUUCGGCUGCGAAGAAAGGUUCUAGGAGACCAUCUCUUUCUUCUGCACAGCAUAGCAGACCGUCUACUCCAGCAGUGUCAGAAAGGCAACAUUCUCACGACGCUUCACGUGCUUCAUCGCCUCCGCAUAGUAUCGUUGGUUCAGCACCAGAACGGGUGAAGAGCAAGAGUCAGCAGAAGAAGGACCGAAAAGAAAAGGCGAAAAAGUCGACAGAGACGGGUGAGACUAGUGUGAACAUUCCCACGCCUCCCAUUGUUGAAGAAGUGGCGCCUGUCAUUGCUAGACAGAAGAAGCAGAAGAAACGAGUCGAGAGCAGUACAGCUGCAAACAUGGAUGAUUCCACCAAAACUCGAGAAAAGUCUGAGCAAGCGGGCACUGCAGCCGGCAAGCCAGAAGUUGCAGCAGCAGCUGGUGCAGCAUCUACUGACAACGGUUCGAAGAAUGAGCAUUGGGAGAAAGACAAGAAGGAUUCAGCCGCACCUGAAAAGACAGGACGUUCUGUUGCAACUCCGCCACCAUCCACCCCGAAGGAAGAACCGGCAUCAAAGGCUGAAGACACCACCAAAACGCCAUACACACUGCGUGAUCUUUACAACGAAGCCGAUAAGUUGGGCAAAAACACCGACGCUCCCGGUGUUGUACAAAAAUUGCUCCAGGAGCAUGUUUCUUCCAUGCCCAAAAUCAUCAGUUCCAUGAUCCAGUCCGGAGACUUGUCCAAGGACCAUCCAUGGUUGAAUCCUCAGAGCUUCAAUUCCGCCGCUUACAAGCUCCCUCCUGAUUCGAGGCGAGGACAGGACUAUCUCGAUGGGAAUGGAUACGCCCCAAAUGAUGCAUUCGGAUACAUCUACUUGCCACUUAAGGAGAAGCAAGCUCUCAAGGACGGCCAUGCAGUCAGUGUUGCCGACGCGGGAGAUCGUAAAGAUGAUUUGCUCCGAAGAUGCCUCGUCACACCCAACGGCUGGGUACUGCGCCACUUGACUGCUGACGAAAGCGAAAAGGUUCUCGAGUUGGAAGAGCGACGGCAAAUGUAUGUCGAAGAAUUUGGUGAGGUCGGCACCAUGGACGGCCUUGGUGUUCUAGAGGCGGACGAUUACACCAACCUUGGUGGUGGCAUGGAAAAACUCAGUCGUCAUGGUGAGCGUCACGGAGUGAUCUGGGUUGUAGGCGACGGCGAGCAGGUUGGUGAGGAAGACGAGUUCGACACUCUAGAUGACGAAGACGAGGAUGACGAAGUCGGCGAGGUUGGCAUCAGCGAUGAGGAAGAGCCGAUCAUGGACGACGAGACAGGACUUAAUGAGGCAGACGAUGCUGCCCUGGAUGGUCAUCAGGGUGUCAACAUGCCGGGCGCCUGGCAGUCCUCGUCAUCAGCAACCAAUCUGGCCCAUGGCAAGCAGCAAUCUGGCGGACGUGCCUCGAAAAGCAAGCUUCCGGCGUUGCCAGCCAAGGGUCCACAAUCUUUGCCUCACCGUCACAGCAAUGCCAGUUCGUCUCAGAACGUCAACAACGUUAACUUGCGGGCGCUGGACUCUGAGAGCCUACAGAAACGCGUGGCAGAGAAACAGAAGGAACUGGAGCAGUCACGGAAAGAAAUGGAAAAGAUUGAGAAGCUGUGGAACAAAAAAUCCAAGGAUAUUGCACGCUGGAGGGAAGGGCUGGCCGCGAAAGGUUAG